CCAUUACCGAGCAGUCCGGACGGAGGGAGGACAGAGAGGCUGUGGAGGCGAGCAGAUGUGAACCGGACUGCGAGAGCACGACGAGCUGUAGUAAACAACCUGUGACUCUGCUAAUAUGUGGCAACCCGCGUCCGAGCGACUGCAGCACUUUCAGACCAUGCUGAAGACCAAGCUAAAUGUGCUGACGCUGAGGAAGGAGCCGCUGCCCACGGUGAUCUUUCACGAGCCCGAGGCCAUCGAGCUGUGCUCCACCACGCCGCUCGCGAAGAGCCGGACCCAAGCUGGAUACAAGGUGACCUAUCUGGGCAAGGUGACCAUCUCUGGGACCCAGUUCCUGUCUGGCUGCACAGAGUCCGCCGUGGUGGGGCUGGUGGAGCGCCGAGCGCUGGCCCAGCAGCAGGGCACGUGCCCCGCCGGCAAUUCAUUGCUGGAGAUCCGACCCUUCCAAGUACGUCUUCACCACCUGGACGAGCGAGGCGAGGCGUCGGUAACCAUGGACACCUACCAAGUGGCACGCAUUGCCUACUGCACGGCCGACCACAGCGUCAGACCCAACGUGUUCGCCUGGAUCUACCGGGAGAUCAACGACGACCUGUCCUUCCAGAUGGACUGCCACGCGGUGGAGUGCGAAAGCAAGCUAGAGGCCAAAAAGCUGGCGCACUCGAUGAUGGAGGCUUUCCGCAAGACUUUCCACAGCAUGCGUAGCGACGGGCGCAUCCACAAGAGUGGGUCGACAGACGACUUUACCGAGGACUCGUCCACUCCCGAAGACUCGACUCCGGACGACGGUUGAACUGGAAACUCACUCCAACUCCUGAUCCCCAUCCUCACAAAGCAAGGGGUGACUGGAAGGAUGGACAGAUUACCUGCUCUCUCUCUCUUUCUCUUAUCCCCCCCCCCUCGACUAUCUCUUUCUGUUUUCAAAUUGGAACAAAAUUAACCCCAGUGCACCCAGGGUAACAAAGUAGCUUUUCAAAUACUGUAGAAAAGGAAGAUUAAACAAAGUUACAGAAGACUGACACUUGUAUACAGGGAAAGCCAAGUUCUGCCGCUUUGCGUAAGUCGCCCUCAAAGACCCGCAUCGGGGUUUCCACCAGCUCUGUAAUCACCCUCAAGAGAUUCACCCAGCAUUUUUAUUUUCAACCACUGUCCCUCAUGCACCUAUCAGAGGAGUGUUUAGGAGCUUCUCUGCCUUUUAAUUUAGAAAACAAACCAAACACAGUUUAGCCUUUGUUCUUCUAAACCCAACUCUUAGCAUCCUCUUGCUACUCUUGCCAUGUUAGACCGACCCCAGCAGAAUUAUGCUUAAGAUGCUUCGGGUCCUGACUCAGAGUUUAUAAGACUGUUGGAGCACGUAAAUUCUUUAAACGCUUAAUUAUGUGGAUCUCUGUCACAAUGCCUUGGACCUUGGUAAAGCAAACGAGGAUGUGACUGUAAAGCUACGCCUUUAAGCACUUCUCAUAUCUUCACUAUGGUACCUUAGUUCGACCCCACAAAAAAAAAAUUUCUGCCAAGCUCGGCUGGUACACAUUGAGUCAAAGGAGGCGCUACCUCUGUCUCCGUUUAAUGGUUACUCAAAGUUUCAGAGUGCCAAUAAAGCACCCGAGAGAGUAUAGGUGCUGAUCUGUUCCAUCCUAGAAGUUCUCACUGGGCGAAUAGCCCGGGCCUGACUGAGACACCUUAAUCAUCCACAAUCAUCUUACUCCUGUUUUGAGUAUACCAAAAUCCAGGCCACCUUUGGUCUGUCAGAUUAUGUGCCUCACUUUCCUCUCACAUUCGUUUUGUCUCUUAUCCAGGUCCCGGAGUGUGUGUGUGUGUGUGUGUGGCCAUGUGUGCUUGCCAAACCUUCAUGUUGAUUCUGUGUGUUUAGAUGACACGGCUUAAUUCUGUACUGUGUGGAAAUGGACGUACAUGUGAGUGCUUGCGCGUGGAGAAGAGAAAAGUGAAGGGAGGGAGGAAGAUUAUGGUGGACUUCUCAUUGCCCCGGAGCAUCCUUUUUCGAUGCCGGCGGAGCCGUUUUUAAAAUCAGACAUGGUACUGUGAUCAUUUGCCACGUUUUCUUACUUUUAUCUCGUACGAACGGAAAAAAAAAAAAAAAAAAAGGAGAGUCUGAAUGUGCCAGUCGCUGAGGUUGGAGGAGCCUAAAAAUCGCAGCCAUCGGAAAACAACACCUCCUGACCUCUGCUGAAUGUAUGAGCCCGACGUACUGUGAGCGCCUCACAGCAUCCACGGUCGCUUCAGUCUCCCAUGAUCUCCUCUUGCUAUCACGCCGCGCCGCCCCAGAGGCAGCGAGCCAGCGGCGAGCUUGCUCCGCCGCCCCGCCGCCCCGCGUUGCCUCUCCAAGUGACUGAAGCUCCAUAUUGUAGGAGGGAAAAUCAACUCUUUCCUCUUUUCUAACUGGACUAAGAUGAACAGACUGAACACCGUCGUUGGAAAAGGUCAUCAGGCCAAGACUGUCAACAUGAAUGACUCUGGUCAACACACAUGCAGAUAUACAAAAAAAAAAAAAGUUCAUACAACUAUACAUAUGUACACACACAUUGUAUUUGAAUCUCGCUCAAUAAGCUCAUGUAAAUACAAAAUGUAUCACUUUCCAAAUAUUACAGCAUAAAUGUUGAUAGCUAUUUUAAAUAAUAAAAAAUAUUGAGAACCAUCA